AUGCCCACCUACCGAAAGAUGGCCAAACGCGACGACCGCGACGAUGGCCACCGAGACCGGGACCGCGACCGAGAGCGGGACCGAUGUCCAAGCCCUCCGAAAUCGGGGGAUGACAAGGACGAGGACCCAGAGAUCCUAAGGAUCUGCAGUAACUGCGAAGGCACGGAAUGGCGGGUAUCCAGAAAAGGCAACUGGACCUGCGCCAAGUGCAACAUGCCGCUGCUAGCACGGAAGAGCAAGGCGAAACCCCGAGAAAAACGGGAAGAAGCCGGUGACUCGGACUACACGUACGAGUACGAGACCGAAGAGGACUUCGAAGAAGAAGACGAGGAGGAAACACCGCGAAAGAAGGUGCCACCGCCGCCUCCUACGCGGCCACCACCAACCCCGUCAGGUGGAAAACGACGGGAGGAAGCCAAGGAGAAGAAGCGCCGGAAGACAAAGAGGCGGCAGAUCGCACACGACGCCGCCAUGGCAGCCAAGUUGGCCGAGAAGGAGUGGGCCGCCGACUUCGGCGAAGAUCCCCUGGAGUUCCACCCUGACGCCCGAAGCUCAGGGAUCGAGCGAGACCCCCAAGGAAGGGCAAUCGAGGGCCGUGGUGGGACACCCGCACCAAGGCGUGGGUCGGAAGCACCGCGAACACCACCACGAGGACCCCGAUCACCUCCGAAGGAGCGCAACAGAGGCAGAUCUCCCCAGCGGCGAGACCGCGAGAACGAGCCCAACAAGAAACGACGGCGGGGAGACGAUACCCGGGAGGAACAACGCGCCCCCGGAAGAGACCAAAAGGGGAAAGGCCCUGAGAAAGGCAGAGCCCCCGAGAAAGGUAAGGGGAAGACCAAGAAAGGUGGCAAGGAACGGAAAGGCUACUGGACCUUCUCGGACGAGUGGGGUGCCUGGGUCUGGGCGACCUUCAACACCAAGUCCGAAAAGGGCCGACAAGCCAAGGAACGCAGCCAGAAGGGAAAAGGCAAGCCCAAAGGAAAAAGCAAGGGCACUGGUAAGGGCAAGAGAGGAAAGCGCCCUAAUAGCCAGGAGCGAACAAACGCAGCCCUCGACAACAAGGGUCGAGGAAGAGACGCGUUCCCGCCGCCGUCAGACGACGAAGAGUCCAGCGAGGAGCGAGAUCGCCGAGAGCGACGCCGCAGCCCCCAAGGACACGGCGAUGGGGACGACGACGGAGACGGCGAGGACGACGACGAUGACCCAGGCGAAUGGGACGAAUGGGCUGAAGAAGAGACGGCAACCUACGACCCGAUCGUAGAGCCAUCCCUGCCCGGAUCCGCCAGGUCACGUCGAUCCGCCCGACAAGCGCCGCCAGGAGUCCCACCAGCACAAGGUGGAGACGCGGUAGAAAGGGCCUCCGGACCAGGUUCGAGCACUAGCGGUGCCACCUGGGACGAGCGAAAAGGGCCUUCUCCGGGGGUCAAAUGGCGAGGUGGACGUCUCACCGGACAGGCGGAAUUGGAGACAGAGCACCUCCAAUUGGAAAGGGUAGGCGAGCAAGACGGAAUAACCUACCUCUUAACCGAACUCAGCCAAACGUUGGGCGAGAGGACGCUGUAUCUCAAACGACUGUACCUCCAGGAAUGGGAGACAGUCAGCAGGCAACUGGGUGAGUCGGUUCGGUCCUACACCAACAGGUUCAAACGCCCCUCCUCCGAUCUGAUGCAGCCCGCUCGUGGAAAAGGGCAGACUGGCCCAGGACAACCGAGCAAGGGCGGAGGAAAAGGGAAGCCAAGCAACUCGCACCAAACAAAGCCUCGGUUGGUCAACGCAGCAGAACAAGAAGAGGUCGCAGAUGACCCCGAAGACGACCUACCAGAGGAAGAAGACGACGCUGACGAAGAGGACGUCAGCGACCUGACAGAACAGCUGGAAGCGCUGUCAGUGACCACUGAAAAGCUAAAGGCCCUCACACAGGCCAGACGGUUUGGUACCCCGUCAAAAGGAGCAAAAGGGGCACCAAAAGGGGGUAAGUCGUCAAGCGCAAGCCUGACGCAAAAGAAGGCCACGUCCACCUGCAGGAACUGCGGGCAGGUAGGACACUGGGCCAAGGAAUGCCCAAAAGGAAAAGGAGGCCAAUCUUCCAGAGUCCAAAUCACGGAAGAAGUGGCCGAAGAGGACGACGAACACGAGUCCUACUUCGUGUUCACGGCAGAGGUAGAGGACGUGCAACCUGCUGCACAUCUGCCAAGGCCGCCAGAAGCCUACCUGGCGAGCGCCACAACUUCAGCAGGUUACAUGAUCACGGACACAGCGUGCCAAAAGCUGUGCCACGGAACAGAAUGGCGACCCGAACACGAGAAACUGCUGAAGCAAUACGGACUCCAGUGCCAGACUCGGCCGGCACAAGAGAGGUUCAAAUUCGGAGCAGGCAAAACCCAAGAGGCCAACACCAAGGCCUUGAUUCCGUGUGUCUUAGCCGGACAGCCGCUAGUGCUGCACUCCUCCGAGCUACAGACCGGAAUCCCUUUGUUGGGAAGCCUGUCGCUGAUGACCUACCUCGGUACGGUUAUCGACCUAGGCAAGGGAGAGGCCUACUUCAGUAAACUAAGACUGAAAGCCCCCUUAGCCAAGCUGUCCAACGGACACAUUGCAGUCAACAUACUGCAAGUAGAGGCGCUGGAAGAAACAUUCCCAGCCACGUUUCACGAGUUUCACACCUGGCCUCUGGCCACAGACGAGCUGGCUCUACCGCCAGACCAAUCCCCGCGGCAAAAAGCCGUGGAGCACUACAGGUUGGACGAAGACGGGGAACCGGGAGACCACCUCACCUACCCCAUAGAAGCUGAGUACGAGUUCGACCCCCAGCUUUUCGGCUCAAGCAACCGCUUCGGCCGACGCGCAACUCCCGGCACCCGCCAUGGUCCUGACCUCCACUCAACGCCUAGCGGCAUGGAGAGAGUUGGUCCUCCGAAUGGUAAUGCUCGGAACGGACCUCCUGCGCAACGUGACAAUCGCCCUUCGGAUGCGAAUUCCCGAAGCGGCAGUCGUACUGCCUUACACGGCCUGGCGUGCCCAAGGAGAAAUCCGGCACAGCCUUCCAUCCCGAGACCUUCCGUUCCUACAUCCACCGGCCCACAGGUGCCAACACGUGGAAGCGUCUCGAAGCGGGAACCGACACGGAAGCUUUGCAACGUGUCUGAAUCCGGCGUGCGGAAUGAAAAUGGUCUUCGACCAAGACACGGGAGCUUGGCGGGAGCGAUCGUUGCCCUCGCACUCGCAGUUGCCACAUCCUUCACAGGGGCCAGUUUUGGCACCAACUCCCAAGACCAAGCAGGCUCCACGCCGUGGAUAUGGGACAAUGACUACGACCGGACUGGCGAACAAGGCCCGAGCGGCACCUCGUCGAGCCCGAAAGCUGCGAAAGUCCUGGUCAUGGAAAAGGAAACCAUGGAAAACGCACUGGACCAAUCCCAAAAGGGACGAGGUCGACUUUCCUACGGGACUGACCUUUUGCAAUUGCACGACGAAGAACCUACGGCACCUUCCAAAGGACCUAAGUCACUCCUAAGCAAAUACUGCAAGGAUUAUGGUCUAUACUUCCCUGAGAAAUCUCAGGAAGCGUUGGACCAGGAGGUCUGGAACCCUAAAAAGCUCAAGAAAUGGAAGGAGCUGGUUCGCCAAGAAAGACCCUUAGUGGUCAUCUUGCGGCAACGAUACCGCUACGAUCCUGGCAGCCCAAGUCGCCAGACGUUUCACGAAGCCCUGCUCUGGACUCUCAGAGAACAAACCAGACAGGGAAGGUAUUGGAUCCUGGGACAUCCACACGGAAAAUCCCUGUGGAAAGACUGGCAAAUAGCAGAAGAGAUGCAUGCAGCAAAAGCAUCAGCCGCAAUUCUGCGAAUCCAGUCAACAGGAAGUGAACCAAUCAGAUACCAGUGCGCAAGUAACCACGAGUAUCUCACAGAGAGCCUGGUGCCAACAGUAAAUGAAGCUGGACAGGCAAGAGAAAGCUUGCUUCACGCCAUCCUGAACGGCAUCAGAAGAGUGGUAAGAAACCGCGACCCGACAAGGUUUCAAGAGGCCCACGCUAGACCAAGACGCUCAGUCGCGUGUGGAGAAUGGGAUCGCAACAUAACCACCGCUCCAACGGCCACGUCAUACUACACCGACCUGGCCAGAGACACAACGGUGUGGAGACAAGUAAUGGGGCAGGUGCAAGACUUGUUUCGCACCAGCUCAGUUAAGCAGAUCACUCUCACAGAAGGAAAUGAUCUGUUUCAAACACUGACCGGGUUGAUUCCCUGGGAAAUAAGCAAAAUCCAAGUAGCCCGAGCGCCAGCUGCUCGAAGGUUACCAGUUAACUUUCCAUAUACGCAUCGAGCUGCCGUCAUCCUGUACUCAGACGACUCGAUAGCGGUGGAAAGCGAGGACAUCCAGAACAUCGCGUUCCCAAGGCAGAGGUUCGUGAGACCGGUCAAGUACGCCAUCCUGGCAUACGGAAACGCGCCAACAGACGAAGAAGACUCCCGACAACCUGAGACGGAAGUACCUCAGAGUGAGACAAGGGGAGCAGAGAUCAGUUUCCCGGACUGCCGAGUUCCAAGAGACAUCAAAAGGGCAGUGGCGAGACUACACGUGAACCUGGGCCAUCCAACAUCGACGGAUCUCGUCCGCAUGUUGGUCUUACAUGGCUCAAUCACGACGGAGGCGCUAUCCGCAGCAAAGAAACUGAAGUGUGCCAGCUGCGAGAGAAUGAGACAGCUGCCACACAAUCGACCAUCCAAAACGGUCAAGUACCUGGGACAGCUGAACGACAACAUCCUGGCAGAUCUGUUCUACGCGAGAAAUAUCAAAGGUGAAAACUUCACCCUGCUAGGAAUCAUAGACGAAUCCACCGGACUGCACCAGGUGAGGCGUCGAAGUGGACUACGUUCCUCCAGAGGCUCACCACCGGAUGGGCAAGGUGGAGAGAAACAACUCGGUCUUCAGGGAUUCCUGAAUCGAACCGCAGACGCCACUGGCGCGGUGACAACUGAAGAAAUGAACGAGGCCGUGGACUCCUGCAUCCACGCAGUCAACUCGAUGCCAAGGACAGAGCAUGCCAGAGGCAUACAACAUGUCCUCUUUAAGACGCAUUGGGUGCUUCACAACCGUGUUGCAUACUACCGUUGCGUUUACAUGGAUGGAAACUACAAGGAGCAACCGUUGCAUUUCUUCACGAAGAUUUGGGGGCUGAGUGAUGAAAGCUACAAAGAGGUUUGGGAAACCGUUGUGGAGAUGUGCGCUGAUGAGCAGGCCCAGAAGGCAGCGGCAGACGUCAACGUAGACACCCACCUCCGACGCGCACUUCUAAGGAAGACAGCGCACAUGAGGGUGGAUGACAUUCCCAUCGGAGGAAAAGUAGCAGUAUGGAGAGAACAACUCCGUGGAAAAUCCACCAAGAAACGCGGUGGCUACGUGAUAGGACGACUAAUCACGUGGGACGGAACAUGCGCCUGGGUCCAGAUUGGGUGGCAGACAGUCAAGGUCGACAGGGCACAAAUGAGACCAGCCCUAGGCUUCGAAAACUGGACGCCAGACAUCGACGACAUAACUGCCCUCAAACAGGCAGAGCAGAACUUCCUAGACGGUGAAGUGGAAGAAGACCACUCAGAUCCACCACCUCUAGACGAACCAAUAGUUCCCCAGGUGAUGGACUACGGAACUUACGGCGCUGAGGGAAGUGACAUCCUCCGACUACCCGAAGCAGUCGGUGCGUACCAAAGGUCAGAAGGAAUCCAAUCAGAACCGUAUGGACCAUCGAGGAGAACCAGUAAGAUUAGCAGCAUCGGCGCUCCAACGCCUUACUCCAAACCCGACGCUGCAAAUAAACCACUUCCGGAGCUAGCUCCACGUCCAAGCCAGUCAGAGUCAUCUCAAGGAAUAAAACGAGCAGUCGAGCAAGAACUGCCAGACUCCGACUCUCAAGAGACCAAAAGAAUCGCAGUCGAAGACGUGGAAGGAGAACCAACACCAGCAGGCGACCCGACACAAGCCCCUGCUGCAACUACAACCCUUCCUCCCGUCCCGGAAGAAAGAGUGGGAGCGUCUGAAGCGCUCUUAGGAUUGGUAGAAACCAACCCAGGGCAAUUCGAACUGGAUGAGCCAGGAGAUGACGGAUCGCCGCCAUUAGCAGCAAGAUCCGAACGAAUGAUCAAUCUACCUGAGGUCUUCAAGUCAGAAUACGACGGUCCUACUCUGGACGCAGAUGACAUGGACCAGGUAGAAGAUUGUCAUCCGGACUGGGAAAUCUGCUACGCAGGCGACCAGACCCAGCUAGUCAAUCCGACCACGCUGACAAGAAAGGAACAAAAAGCGCUGGACAGAGAAAUCCCGUGGAGAGAAAUCGUUUCCCGCGGAGGAGAUUAUCUAAAGCAGUUCGUGAGCGCGGCCCAAAAAGAAUGCACAAGCUGGAAGCAAUGGGGCCCAGUAGAACCAAUGACGAGCAAAGAAGCACAAAAAGUGCUGGGCGACCCCAUCCUGCGAAAAAGGGUACUAAAGGCCCGUACCUGCUACCGCGACAAAAACAUCGGCAGAAGCCCGCUCAAACCAAAGGCAAGGGUAGUUGUCCUUGGACAUCGGGACCCCGACUUGUCCUGUAUAAACCGUGACGCGCCAACACCAUCACGGACUAGUGAGAUGGUGCUCCUCACUGUGUUUAUCUGUGGCGUAAACGGAGGAUAUGGGGUGUCCAGCGAAUGGCAGCUGUACGCAGCGGACGCCUCAACAGCGUUUCCGCAGGGGCAGCAGCCGACAGACGAAAGGCCCGGAGAACUGUACAUGAUGCCACCUGAGGACCCGAUAAUGGGCCAGGUUGAGGACGGAUGGAACCAUCCCAUGUACAGGAACGUUGGAAAUAUCUAUGGGCUAGCAAACGCGCCCAGGUUGUGGGCACAAGAGGUCAUUUCAAAAUUGACCGCGGCCAACUUCAAGGCGCACACGCUGGACCACAUGCUCUUCCUUCACAGGGAUGAGAAGCAGCAGGUGAACUGCGCUAUCAUUGUGUACGUCGACGAUUUCUUAAUCGUUCGACAUGAAUCAUUCCCCCUCGAGAUCCUCACAAACAUGUUUAAAUGGGGAGACUGGACCGAGGUGAGACAGGGAAUCCGAUUCAAAGGGAAGAACAUCAGAAUGACCAAGGACCAAGAAACAAAGGAAUGGAUCUUGACAAUCGACCAAGAAGACUUCAUUAAAGGCAUGACCAUCGGUCAGGUGCCCAGAAGCCGAAGUCAAUCAGAUCCAACCCUGACAGCAGAGGAGUUGACGGAAUUCCGAUCCUGCCGUGGGAGCCUACAAUGGCUGGCAGGCCAAACCAGGCCAGACAUUGCAUCGGCAGUAUCCCUCUCGAGCAAAGGACUAGAAACGAAGAUAGAUGACCUCAAACGUCUUUAUCGGUUGAUGUCCUACGUAAAGGCAACCAGCGACGUCGGUAUCACACUGAAACCCAUCAAGUUGUGUUCCGAGACAAUCGUAGUGUCAUACGGCGAUUGUAGCUGGGCCAAUGCCGAAGGAAUGAAAAGCCAAGAGGGAAUCAUCGUGGUACUGUCCUCAAGUGACUGCCUUGAGGGACAAUCACGCUGCAUCCCAAUGGACUGGAAAACAUGCCGAACGCCCAGAGUAGUAAGAUCAACUCUGGCAGGUGAAGCGUACGCAGCAGACGACGCGAUAGACAGAGCUCAUCACGUCAAUGCGACGCUGACAGAAAUCCUUACCGGUGAUUCAAUCUUGAACACAGGACCGAUCCUGAAACACGCCCACGCGACGGACUGCCGUUCGCUGUUCGAUUCGGUCAUCAGUUCAAACCCGAACACCGAGGAAAAGAGGGUGCUCUUGACGAUCCGAGCGAUCCAAGAGGCACUAGACUCCAAAAUGAUGCGAUGGGUGCCCACGGACAAGAUGAUAGCAGACAUCUUGACCAAGGAUUCUGACAACCUACGGUGGAGUUUCCUUGCGUGGAUGAAAGACCCAACGUGUCAGCUCAAGCGAAUCGCUGAGUGA